AUGGAAACUACUUCUCUCUAAAGCGAACACAUUCCUAUUGAUUCUAAAAAGGCUAUAAUAAUAGACUUAUUGUCAGGAACUGCUGCUGGAGCAUUAUCAACUUUGGCAGGUUAUCCUUUAGAUUUAAUUAAGUUUAGGCAACAAGUAUAAUAGGUAUCUGUAAUAAAAGCAUCAAAACAAAUUUUCCAAGAGGGUAGAUUAUCCGGGUUUUUUAAAGGGUCAUUAUCGCCUGUUCUUGGAAAUAUACCCAUCAAUUCUUUGAUAUUUGCUGCUAAUGGGUUUUGUAAUAAGUAGUUUAAUAACCAAUAGACUAAACUGAAUGAGUUCUAAAAGAUAUACUUAUCAGGCUGCUUUGCAGGUGCUGUGUCUCUUAUUGCUUUUGUACCCACUGAGUUGAUAAAGGUGAGAAUUCAAGAUAUGCAUUAGCAAUAAAAUCACCUCUAUAAGAAAGUAGUAGACGUUCCAACAUUUGGAAUUUAUUUCUCUUCUUACAAUAUUUACUAGAAGAUGUUUGGAAUGGAUCCUAACUCUAAGAUAUCAGAUUAGAACGUGACAUUUUUGGUUAAAAAGAUGCUAGCUGGUGGGCUGGCGGGAUCUACCACUUGGUUUUUUGCCUAUCCUUUCGAUGUGAUUAAAUCAGUUGCUCAAACAGAAAGAUUUAUUAAUCACUCCUCGUUUUAAAUCAUGAGACAUUUACAUAGAGAGCAUGGAUUAUCUAUAUAUCAUUAAGGCUUGAUGUCUUGUCUUACCAGAGCUUUUGUCGUAAACUCAUUUUGUUUUGUUAUCUACGAAUACUGUUGCUAAUAACUUAAUCAUAUGCUUUGA